AUGCACGCGUCGUUGAGCUUCAAGGCGUCCGUCGCGAACGCCGUCGUCGCGCGCGCGACGACGGCACCACGGGUCGACCGCGCGUCGACCGCGGUGCGCGCGGGUAAGACGAUCGACACGAACAAUCGUCGGGAAAUGAUGAAGAAGAACCAAGAGUUGGCGGCGAAGAAGGCGGCCGAUGCGAAGAAGAAGGCGGCGGCGCUGGCGGAGAAGAACAAGGCGGCGGCGGCUCGCGCCGCCGAGGCGAAGAAGGCGGCGCUCGCGAAGGCCGAAGCCAAGCGCAAGGAGAUGCAGAAGAAGACGGCGAACUUGAACAAGACGGUCGGAGGUUCCUCUAAGUUUGCGCGUUCGUACUCCAAGCCGGUCAACAUGAAGGAUCCGCUCGAAGGCAAGACCUUCGGUGGCUUCCUCAGCGGUCUCUUCGGCAAGAAGUAA